GGAGGAUGUUGCAAGCAGACGCCUGGGGCCCAGGGUCAGGGACGAGGGAAAGUCAGUGAGUAAGACCUGGGGUGGCUCCACUCCUGCCGGGCGGGUGGCAGGCAGGGCUGGCUCCGGAAUCCCCAGCCUCCGGGCAGCUACGUGGGAACCGCCGAUCCACAGAGCUCCAGAUGCCUGCACUGGGAGCCUGCACAGUUGUGAAAGGACGAUGACUUGAGGGACCAGCUGUUAUCUCCACAACAAUGUCCAUGAACAAUUCCAAGCAGCCAGUGUCUCCUGCAGCUGUGUUUCUUUCAAACACAACCUGCCAGACGGAAAACCGGCUUUCGGUAUUUUUUUCAGUCAUCUUCAUGACGGUCGGGAUCUUAUCAAACAGCCUGGCCAUUGCCAUUCUCAUGAAGGCGUACCAGAGGUUCAGACAGAAGUCCAAGGCGUCCUUUCUGCUUUUGGCUAGUGGUCUGGUCAUCACAGACUUCUUUGGCCAUCUCAUCAAUGGAGCCAUAGCGGUGUUUGUGUACGCAUCUGAUAAAGACUGGAUCCGCUUUGAUCAGUCAAAUGUCCUUUGCAGUAUUUUUGGUAUCAGCAUGGUGUUCUCUGGUUUGUGCCCACUUUUUCUCGGCAGUGUGAUGGCUAUUGAGCGGUGUAUUGGUGUCACCAAACCCAUAUUUCAUUCCACAAAAAUUACAUCCAAGCAUGUGAAGUUGAUGCUAAGUGGCGUGUGCCUGUUUGCUAUUUUUAUAGCUUUGUUGCCCAUUUUUGGGAACAGGGAAUAUAAAAUUCAAGCCACAAGGACCUGGUGCUUCUACAACACUGAAGACAUUGAAGACUGGGAAGAUAGAUUUUAUCUUCUACUGUUUUCUUUCCUGGGCCUCUUAGCCCUUGGCAUUUCGUUCUUUUGCAAUGCCAUCACAGGAAUUACACUUUUAAGAGUUAAAUUUAAAAAUCAGCAUCACAGACAAGGCAGGUCUCAUCAUUUCGAAAUGGUCAUCCAGCUCCUGGCUAUAAUGUGUGUCUCCUGCAUUUGCUGGAGUCCAUUUCUGGUAACAAUGGCCAACAUUGGAAUCAAUGCAAGUAAUUCUCUAGAGAGCUGUGAAACCACACUUUUUGCUCUCCGAAUGGCAACGUGGAAUCAAAUCCUAGAUCCCUGGGUAUACAUUCUUCUCCGGAAGGCCGUGCUUAAGAAUCUCUACAAGCUUGCCCGGCGCUGUUGUGGGGUGCAUGUGAUCAGCUUGCAUAUUUGGGAGCUUAGCUCUAUUAAAAAUUCCUUAAAAGUUGCUGCUAUUUCUGAGUCACCAGUUGCAGAGAAAGAAAGUCAGCAAUCACCUAGUUUAGUACGAUAGUAAAUCAAUAUAAGGGAACAAAAUUAAGACUAGUUUGGGCAGUAUUUCAUUUAACUAGACAAAUAUACGUAAGCUAACUGGAAAACUCAGACCUCAGCAUGUAGUUUGGGAAUACUUUCAUCAGGUUCAGCUUCUUAAAUUUGGCAAAUUUGCUGUAUGAUUGCAGUUUUCCUUCUUUGGCAAGUGGAUGUAGAAUGAGACAAUGCCGUGAGAGUCAGAUAGACAAUAAUUUUGAGCUUAUCUGUGUGAUUCAUGCUUUUGGAAUAAAUGAAUCUGUUGAGGUCUAAUGCACUUAGUUGGCCCAUUUGCCACAGAAGGUCUUAAUGGUACCUACACCAUAAAACUGCUAUUUUGAGAUCACUACUCUGCAGCUAUUCCUUAUUCCAUGUAAAUUAGGCUCAGUGAAAUACAGCACCAUCAAUUUUUUGGUUCUGAUCUGUUUUAGCAGCCAUUAUGUAGCCUCGAUCAGUCUAUAUGUAUGAUCAUGACAUUUGGGAUUUACUGUGGCUGACAGGUCUAGGUGAUAAGUUGUCUUAUCUUGUAAACCUCCUUAGAAUGAGCCCAUUUUGUUGCAUUUGACAAAUACGACUGUUUGCAUUUAUCAUAAGGAAGGUCAGUCUUUUGUUUGAAAGCUUGUUUUUGGCAAAUAGUAGAUAUGCAGUUGUCAAACAGUCUCUUUUUUCUCUGAACAUUUUAGUGUGCUGACCCACAAGAAGGUCAAGAAAACCUGCAUAAUCAGUUCCUAAAAAGCUCUACCAUGGAUAACACAAGUAAUUUAAAUCCAAGUGAUACAUACAGAGAACGUAGGCAAGGAUGUUUUACUGUGAGCCAUAGUUUCUGUGUCAGAGAGCAAAAAAAUUCAUAAUAUAUAAUAUUCACAAUCUGCAGCUAGCGUGUUUCUGGUUUACACAUACAUACUUACACAUCACACUCAUGGGUAUCGGAGAAUUCUGCUGAAAGCAGGUUCACAAAAUCUGUAAGGUGGCAUCUUGUAAUGUUUAUGCUACCAGUGUCAAGGGGACAACUGGAAAUUAGCCAUACAUUUUGGAGUCAUUUUAAUGUGAAUCAGAAAUUAAGGAACAAUAAUGUCUCCCCAAAUUUCCGAAUAAAUCUAAGACUUUUCCUUUGCUUGUUAGUAUAGUUCUAACCACAUUCUAAUUCAUUCGGUAGAACGUAUGAGUACACAUUCAAAAUGUCCUGGGUCUAUCAGAAAUUAGGUUAGGUAAGCCUGCUUUAGAGAAGGGAAAUACAUUUCCAUAAAAAAUUUCCUACUUUCAUUAAGCUAAACCCAUUUAGUAAUUAAUUUAGCCCUCUGAGACUGAUGUCAGACUUUCAAGAAAAUCUCUGAAUUCAACUAAACUUAAAACAUUAUGUUCAUAUAUUUCUGCUUUUAGUUGGUAGUUUACAUUGCAAUUGUUAAUUUGGGGAAAUUUUGGAAUAUUCUUACUAAUGAACUAAAAGAAAUUAAGCAAACUAAAAGAAAUUAAGCAAAAUUAGUGAGGACUGAAGGCAAUCAUUUUCUCAGUGAGUUCAAAGAAACAUAUGAAAUGGCACAUGAUAUUUUUAAAACCAGUAAAUGAUUAAACACAUAGCUUCAGUUUAUUCUCCUAUAAAUAGCACAUAAUAGAUGCUAGAUGAAUACUUGACAAAUUGGAUUAUAAACAAGAAUUUCCUGGUGUAAUCUGAACAUGAAAUUGCGAAGUUUUCACACAUUUUUAGUUUAAGCUAAUGGCUAUUAUUGUGGUGUAUAUAUGUAUGUAUAUAUGUAUGUGUGUGCGUGUAGGUGUAUAUAAUGCAUAUUUCUAAAAACAGCCAUUUUUAAUUUGUGAUGUUAAAUUGCAUAAAUGUUUUCAUGUGUCUCAAGAGCACUUAAAGGGAAGAAGAACUUUCAGAUGUGUCACUUACUUUCAGACCAGUUAUUAUUUCCUGGAGCUGCUUAAGGGUGGUAGUAUUCUGUGAGAUAAAGCACAAGGAAGCAAAUCUCUCUCCUUCCUCGCCACAUUGGAUAAAAACCUGCAGUGAAUAUUUUCAUGUGCUUUGACUGGGGAAAGACACUGGGAAGAAACUGAUUCACAGGCCACAGCCUCUUCUCUGGGAGCCUGAUCCAUUGACAAGAGUUGUUUGUCUAUUGCUACAGUGUCACCUUAGCCAUGUGUGUCUGCACUGAAGAAAUCUUGUGUGCCAUUGUGUGGGAUGCAAAUGUUUGUUUGGGGAGUAACAAAGGAGUCACUCUGUGCAUAUUCUAAAGGGUUAUCUAUGUUACAUAGGCAUAGUUUUAGAGCAAUAGAAUUGGCCUUAAGGGGUUGAGGAUUUAGCUCAGCAGGCAUAAGCACCUGCUUUGCAAGCGCGUGGUUGUGAGUUUGAUCCCCAGUACCGAUUAAAAAAAAAAAAGGCCUUAAAACAAUGAGAAAUGCACCAAGUAGACAUUGAACAUUGAAAAAAAAAACACUCAAAGAAUAUGUGUUUGUGUUGUUUUAGGUUUUUCCCUACCAAGGAAAACAAAAUUAUAGUGAACACACCAAUGUGUUCAAUUCGUACCUGGCUUCUGAAUUCUGUUUCUCUUAUUCUAUGUGCUGCCUAUAGUUUGGCGGUUUACCAUAUAGUGAUCAAUAGAGGGAGCAUACACCAAUAACUUCCGUAUGUGUUCCAAUUGGAUAUUGUUUGUCCUGAUUUUUGGGAGUAAAUAGUACAGAACGUUUUAACAGGCUCACCAGUUUGGCUGAGUGAAACUCUGUUUUAAAACUCACAAUUUUAUCUAAUGUGUAACUGACUAGCUCUGCAUACUAUAAAGCAUUGCAGUGCAGAUUCACAUAGUAUUGCAACAGAUGAUUUUUGGAGAUGAUAUUAUUACAAGCAAAUGCUAAACGUAUCAGAGCUAUUUUUUUAGAGUCUAGUUUGUUUAAAAAAUGAGAUAAAAUUGCCUGAAGGUUUUAAGAUUAUGAAUACAAAGACAAAGAAUACUGACUCAUAAUUAGCCACGGGUACAACUGAAAACAUCAGGCUUUUUACUGAUGGGUUCAAUUACAUGAUAGAAACAGGCCCUUUAAAGUUUUUUUUCUGGAGACAGAAAGUUGCUUUUAUCUGUGUAGCUUAAGUAGAAAAUCCCUAAACAUUGAUACAUACACAUAUAUAGAUGUAUCAGUGUGAUGUAACAAAUUGUGUUUGUUUACAUUAAGAUUUUAAAAGACAAACCUGCCUUAGUUUUGUGCCUAAUUUGAGCUUAGAACCUAAGUCACAACACUUGUUAAACAUGUGGCGAGCUUUUGUGAAAACUGUUGCUGUCUUUACCUACACCACCAUGGCUCCAGUCGAUCCUCUAGGAACAGAGUGUAAAAAAAAGGAUUCUAUAUUUUCCUUCUCCCUUAUCUGGAUGUCAGAAAAAUUUAUCACCUGGUAAAUAAUGUUGGACUUCAGUUUAUUACUGAUACACUUUAGCAAAACAUGAAAUACAUUCUCUGUUAUGUGAAUAAUUGCAUUUUGUGCUCUUCUCAAUAUAGAAGGUUAAAUAAUGAUAUGUAUAUGUUGCUGGUUGCACUGGUGUGGAGCUCAUGUAAUUUUAGUGCUUUGACUGGCUUCAAACUUCAAGUGAUUUUUAUAAUAAACAUGGUUUAAUGUU